AUCGCCCUGCACCCCGACAAGCAGCCCCCAGCCCCGCGCCGCUGCGACACCAACCAUAAAGGGUCGUGUAACGAAUCGGAGAGUAACGACGAGUCCAUCCCUGAGCUGGAGGAACCUGAGGGCUCGGAGCCGCCGCAGGCCCAAACCCAGGCACAGCUCAGCCACUCGCUGGGCACCGGGGAGGAGACGGUCAGCAAGGCCAAGCAGAGCCGGAGCGAGAAGAAGGCCAGGAAGGCCAUGUCCAAGCUGGGGCUGCGCCAGAUCCACGGCGUCACCCGCAUCACCAUCCGCAAGUCCAAGAACAUCCUCUUCGUCAUCACCAAACCCGACGUCUUCAAGAGCCCCGCGUCCGACAUCUACAUCGUUUUCGGAGAAGCCAAGAUUGAGGAUUUGUCCCAACAAGUGCACAAAGCGGCGGCUGAGAAGUUCAAGGUGCCCAUGGAGCACUCGCCCCUCAUCACCGAAACGGCGCCCGCCCUCACCAUUAAGGAGGAGAGCGAGGAAGAGGAGGAGGUGGAUGAGACAGGGCUGGAGGUGCGGGACAUCGAGCUGGUGAUGGCCCAGGCCAACGUCUCGCGGCCCAAAGCCGUGCGGGCGCUACGGCACAACAACAACGACAUCGUCAACGCCAUCAUGGAGCUGACCAUGUAG